AUGUUACUUUCAAAGAAAGAAAAGUAGGAAUCUUGUAAUUGUGCAGACGACACUGACGACAGAGUACAGCAGCAACAUUUUCGGCUUUAUGAGACCUGAUCUUCCUCAUGCAUGUGGUUGCCACUACUCCUUUCGUGUAUAGUUUGUGAAGUGUAGUAUUGUAGGAUGUAUUUGUCGGCGUGCAUAUGCCUAUUACUAGCGUUGGUGCUGGAGUUUGGCUGGCGAUCAGCUAGGAGUAUGUCGAUUUGGAUUGCUACGGUAUAUUCUGGUCCGUGCCAGGCAAGGCAAGAGCUGGCUUCAGUUGUCUCAGAGCUACAGACUGUGUCUGUUCAGGAUGAUUUCGUGAAGCAUUCCAAGCUGAAGAGAAGGAUGGCCAAAUUGGAAGAGGAGUCCUCACAAUACGGUAAACUUGUGCUCAAACGUUCCCUCUGGUUAAUUGUCCCUAUCUAUAGUGUACUGGUGAUGAUGUCACUGGGCUAUGCGGUGGUUGUGCGCACCGCUGCUGCUUUCCACUUACCUGAGAGCUGGGUGUACCCAUUCGGAUCGCUAUUGGCAUUCCCUACAAGUCAUGAAGUUGGUACUGUAAGCAUGUGGUGGUGGUUGGCAGCGUCAAGGCAAGUGCUCUACACCGCACGCAAACUGGUCUCAGCAUCCAGAUGACCCAUAGUCUAGACUUCCACUGUAAAAAAUGUAGUGGCAAUAUAAUUAUUAUAUUGCCACUGCUGCUGCCACAUAUCUUGAACACUUUACCAUAGUGAGUCAUAAAUAAUUACGCUGCUUGUGGAAUAUUAGAAGAGGAUCAGUCAUCUUACUCCAUGUUUCUGAGCAUUCGGCACACUGCAGAGAGAACCACACUGAAUAUAACAAAACAAACAUCCACAUGAGACAAUGGAACAAAAGAUACAGCCUAAGGCUGUGUUUACACGAGAAAUUUCAGCCCGGGUUGCCGUUCAAACCUGGCGCGAGAUACGCACAGAAGUACUCGCCCCGAUUUCAACCCGGGUUGAAACGCCUCAUGUAAACACAGCCUUUAUACAGAACCGCACUAAAUAAAACAAAACAAACAUCCACAUGAGACAGUGGAACGAAAGAUACAGCCUUACAGCGUAGAAGUAAGCACAAAAGAGUGUCCUUUAAUAUC